AUGAUAAAUGGGGCACAUGAGUUCUACAUUAAAUAUGCAAAAGAGGCGGGGUUUAGUGUUCGUAGCAGUUCGACUAAGAGAUGUAAAGGUGCGAAAGAAGUUGUCAGGAAAGAAUUUUUGUAUUUUAAGGAAGGAGUAUCUUCUAUAAAGGACGGUGAGAGAAAAAGGUGUCGGGGGAUGACAAGAGAAAAUUGUAAAGCCAAACUUGCCGUGGUUAGGUCAAAAACGGGGAAACUUGUCAUCACUGUAUUUGUUGAAGAACAAAGUCAUCCAUUAUCAACCCCUCGAAGAGUGCAUUUAUUGAGAUCACAUCGUAGUGUGUUUGAAGCCAAGAAGUCACUAACUUUGCAGUUUUCAGCAGAUGAUGUGCCAACUUAUCAACAAAUAAGCAUUCUUGAAUUUGAAGCUGGAGGUAUAGAGAAUAUUAGGUGUACAAAGAAGGAUAUAUAUAACCAUGAAGCUAAGGUGCGGAAUGAAUUAAGAGGACAAGAUGCAGAACUUUUAAAGGAAUAUUUCCUAACCGAGCAAGAAAAGGAUCCAUGCUUCUUUUUUAAAAUAGACGUAGAUGAUGAUGGUAAAUUGAAGCGUUGUUUUUGGGCUGAUUCGGUGUCUAGAAGAGCUUAUGGAUGUUUUGGUGAUGUAGUUGUAUUUGAUACAACUUACAACACUAAUCAAUAUGGUAUGAUAUUUGCACCCUUGGUGGGGGUGAACAAUCAUGGUCAAAUGGUGCUUUUUGCAUGUGCCUUUUUAAGUGAUGAAAAAACAGAAUCAUUUGUUUGGUUGUUUGAGCUAUUAAAGGAUAGCAUGCCGACGAACAACCCAAAAAUGAUCAUUACCGAUCAAGAUCCUGUAAUGACAAAGGCUAUAGUUCAGAGCUUACCGAAUACAUUUCAUAGGUAUUGUAGUUGGCACAUACUUGAGAAGUUCUCUACGUAUUUAAAUGCUAUCACCUAUAGAGAUUUUUAUAAGGAUUUCCAACAAUGCAUUUGGGAAUCAGAAUGCCCUGAAGAGUUUGAAAGAAAAUGGGUGACUACCAUCGAGAAGGCAAGCCUAGAUAACAAUGAUUGGUUAAAAUCAAUAUUUGAGCUAAGUUCAAGAUGGGUGCCUGCAUAUGUUAACCAUAUAUUCUCAGCUGGAAUGUCAAGUAGCCAACGUGCGGAAAGCUCCCAUGCAUUUUUCAAGAAAUAUGUUUCGAAGAGAAACUUAUUGAUAGAUUUCAUACUUCGAUUUAAUAGGGCGCUUGCACAUCAACGUCACGAAGAGUUAGGGGCUGAUCACUUUCAAGAUAAGUUGUGGAAUAGCUUAGUAAUAAUGCCACAAUUUGUUCGUGAAAAUGCUACACACAAAAUGUAUGCGGCCGAGAGUAGUCCAAAAGAACGUGUUCGUAGAGUGCGGGAAAUUGCUUAUGAUAAAGAAUUGGACUUUGCAUCUUGUACAUGUAAGAAGUUUGAGAGUGAAGGACUUCCCUGUAGACAUAUCUUGGCAUUCUUGAGACUGUUUGGUAACAUUCCUUUGCCAAAUCAAUAUAUAAUGAAAAGGUGGACUAGAGGUGCAAAAUGUCAAAUAAUAACCGAUAAGCAAGGUGUUGAGAUAGGUGGACAGCGUAGUUCAAUGUUGACUUGGCGAGCUAAACUAUUCCAACUUGCUUCGGAAGUCAUUGAUAAAUCCAUAAUAUAUGAAGAGGCAAGUGUAAUUGUGAAUGAUGGUCUUCAAAGUUUGCUAGGCAAGAUUGAAUCCAUAGUUAGCAACACGAAAAGUGGAGGCAUUUCUGAAAAAGGUAGCACUGCUCCUGACUAUGAGGCUUUGAAAGACCCAUCUGCUGUGAGGGCAAAGGGAUGCGAACAAAGAUUAAAAAGGGGAAAAGAGAAGGCAACAAAUGCCGCAAAGUAUAGAGGUCGACGUUGCAAUGGAUGUGGAAAAAUUGGGCAAUCGCACGACAAAAGAAACUGUCCACUCCUCAACAAUCCGUCCUCACAAAAUGAGGAAAGUCCUCAGCACGCCUUGGAAUAUGAUUCUAAAGCUGAUAGUUUGUCUUCCACAGGUCUGCAUGAGAAAAUGAAAGGAUGA